UUUGAACACUUGGUGGGGACAUUGAAACCGAUCCGUCGUCUUUGGAGCUCGUCUUGCAAACGUUGCAGUAGUCGGCACAUCUGUAAGAGCGAAUCAUGUCUCAUAAAUACAAGCUCGGUAAGCUCAUCAUCGAAGGAAAGACCAAACAGGUCUUCGAAUUAGCGGACAAUCCUGAAUUAUGUUUGCUGCAAAACAAGGAUCGCAUUACCGCAGGAGACGGCGUGAAAGCCCAUGAUUUGGAAGGAAAAGCAGCUAUUAGUAAUGCCACAAACAAUAAAGUCUUCGAAUUAUUGAAUCAGGCAGGCAUUAAAACAGCUUAUGUUCAAAUUGCGGAUGAAACUUCUUCCAUAUCAAAGAAAUGUGAAAUGAUCCCGAUAGAAUGGGUCACCAGAAGAUUAGCUACUGGAAGUUUCAUCAAAAGGCGUACAGGGGUGCCAGAAGGAUAUAGAUUCAAUCCACCGCUCCAAGAAACAUUCUUUAAAGAUGACGCUAAUCAUGAUCCACAGUGGACCGAAGAGCAAAUUAUCUCUGCCAAUUUCAAAGUGAACAAUGUUCUAAUCGGUCGAGAUGAAGUCGACAUUAUGAGGCGUACGACUAUUGCUGUUUUUGAAGUACUUGAAAGAGCUUGGGCUACGAGAGACUGUGCUCUUAUAGACAUGAAGAUUGAAUUUGGCGUUGAUAGCAAUGGCGAUAUCUUAGUGGCUGAUGUUAUUGACAGCGAUUCCUGGAGACUCUGGCCCUCCGGUGACAAGAGAUUAAUGAAAGAUAAGCAGGUGUACAGAAAUUUGACAUCUGUCACACAAGCUGAUUUGGAUACUGUUAAGCGCAAUUUUAAGUGGGUUGUGGAUCAGCUUGAACAUCUUGUUCCACCACCAAGUUCAUUGGUAGUGAUCCUUAUGGGUUCACCAUCUGAUGAAGAACAUUGCAGAAAAAUUGCGAAGCAUGCUCAAGCCUUAGGGUUGAGAGCUGAACUCAGAGUUAGCAGUGCCCAUAAAGCAACUGAAGAAACGCUCCGAAUUCUUGCCGAAUAUGAAGGAAGUGGUGAAAAGGUGGUGCUGAUUGCUGUGGCGGGGAGAAGUAAUGGAUUGGGUCCUGUUCUCUCUGGCAAUACUCCCUUCCCUGUCAUCAAUUGUCCUCCGGUGAAGCCUGACAACGUUGCUCAAGACAUUUGGUCAUCUCUUAACGUACCUUCAGGACUCGGUUGCACAACGGUUUUGUAUCCUGAAAGUGCAGCAUUGGCAGCAGCACAAAUUCAUGCACUGCAUGAUCAUCUCGUAUGGUCACGUUUACGAGUGAAGCAAUUAACGAACUUUGUUACUCUGAAGUAUGCUGACAAGAAACUUAGAAGCCUGAAGCUUUAAACUUGUGACAGCUGCCUUCUUUUGGAUAUUUUUUACUUUUGUUGUACCCUUAAAAUAUACUGAAUUACUUGGGAAAUAUCCUGCAUCAAUUGCAAGUUAUUGAAGAAAAUUCACAGUGCAUCUGUGUGACUAUUAUUGAUCUAUAUAAGAUAUAAGUUUAAUUUUUUUCAUACCAUUUACAUUGUAGAACAAAAAAAUGUUGAUAAAUUUCUAUUUCUGCUAUUGUAAUGAAAAAUAAUUUCUAGGACGCUUAAAUUUUUCGACUUUGAACUCUAUGAUAAUUACGAUUUCAGAAACUCAUCCCGAAUCUCAAUCUCCCUAUUUUGAUUGUGUUAUUUUUCACGUCAGAAUUCUGAAGUCAGGUCUUUGCUGUAGGUUUGGAUUGUGUAAGUUGCAACACAUCACAUCGUAAAUGUUUAUGGUAGCUGUACUCGUGUAUGCAAUACUGUUGUUUUUACUAGUAGCGCUCUAUUGGAUGCAAGUUUAUAACACUACAAUGUCUCCCUUGAAACAAGUUUUCGAGUAAAUUUAUUCCACUCGAAGUUUUUAUAAUAAGUUUGUAUGCUAAAGAUUCAAAUAAAAUUACCAUUAGAAAA